ACAGACGCUUUUUACUCUUCCGGAAGUGCGUGGCUGAGGAAAUAUGGCGCACAGAGCAGUGCAUAUACCAGUGGUAUGCAUUGCUUCAAUCGAUUCGUUUACUGCAUUGUUUUUGUCUAUUUUCAUCGCUUUUGCAGCAUUUGAAACUGUGAACGCCGACAAUGUGUUCAGUGCCAGCCACACGGCUACUGUACCCAUCGCUGCCGCCAGGGAUCUGCGGUACCUCCUUUACGAUGUGAACCCCCCGGAGGGUUUCAAUCUGCGGAGGGAUGUCUAUAUCCGCAUGGCCUCCCUGGUGAAGACUUUGAGGAAGGAAGGGGAUGACUGGGUGUUGGUGUUGCCCCCAUGGGGUCGACUCUACCACUGGCAGAGCUCAAACAUCCAUCAGAUGCGCAUCCCAUGGGGGGAGUUCUUCAGCCUCACCAGCCUGCAGGUCAAUGUGCCUGUCGUUGAGUUUGAGGAAUUCAUCGCUGAAAACGGAGGCCCUUUCAUAGACCAGGUUCUGGUAUUGCAAAACUACGCUGAGGGAUGGACUGAUGGGAAAUGGGAGGAAAAAGUUGAUGAGCGGCCAUGCAUUGACAAGUUGAUGUACUCCAAAGAUAAACAGGGCUACUACAGGGGCUGGUUUUGGGGCUACGAGGAGACGAGAGCUCGAAAUGUAACGUGUAUAUCAGCUCAAGGGCAUGCCUCCAUCAUGUCCCCAGUCCUCCAGAAGAACAUCACAGCGACGUCGGUUAUGCUUGACCGAGCAGAGACACUCCUCCAUGAUCACUAUGCUGGAAAGGAUUACUGGGAUACCCGCCGCAGCAUGGUUUUUGCCAAGCACCUGAGACUCAUAGGAGAUGACUUCAGAGCAAAGUACCUGAACUCCUCAGAUGACAGAGACUUUACUAUUUACAGUGAGGACUGGACUCGCAUGAAAGCCAAGUUGGGCUCGGCUAAAGGGGGUCCAUAUCUGGGGGUCCACCUGCGCAGGAAGGACUUUAUCUGGGGUCAUCGGGAGGAUGUACCAAGCCUUAAAGGAGCAGUGAAAAAAAUACGCAGCUUGAUGAAGAAGCACAAACUUGAAAAAGUGUUUGUUGCAACAGAUGCCGAUGAGGAAGAGUCGAAGGAGCUGAGAAGGUUGUUGCCAGACAUGGUGCGGUUUGAGCCGUCCACAGAGGACCUGGAGCUCUUCAAAGAUGGGGGGGUGGCCAUCAUCGACCAGUGGAUAUGUGCCCAUGCAAGAUAUUUCAUUGGAACUUCAGUGUCCACCUUCUCUUUCCGGAUCCAUGAAGAGAGGGAGAUUUUGGGUUUUGACCCCAAAGCGACAUACAAUCGUUUCUGUGGGGACAAUGAGAAGGAAUGUGAACAACCCACACACUGGAAAAUUGUUUAUUGAUGCAACCACUCACUUUCCUGACACACACAAGUGCCAACAGCAGUGUUAAAAGGGACAGUUAUUUGUAUGGAAUUUUAAAAGAUAUUUUUACUGUUUAAUGGGGUAUUAUUUUUUGUUUGCUUUUUAUGGUUUCAGAAUUGUGCAAUCAGGUCUGAAGUGACCACUGUGACUGAACCUUAUACAAUGCCAAUACUUGGCUGCCAAACAUGUAUAACUGUAAUCUGAACAUCUGCAAACAUUUAUUUUGGUUUUAUGUGGAAUAUUUAUCUUUUAAUGACAGCUUCAUUUUUUAACAUAAUUCCUCAUAUUUAUUACCAGCACCACUGGUGAGAAAAAGUGACUUAUAAAGACUGCAGAAGAGUGUUGUUUGAAGUGUUGUGGUGGAGUAUUAUCAGUUUAAACUUUGUGAGAUUCAAAGAUGUUGAGCAUCUAUACAUUAACUACCCGUUAUUUAAAUAUACAAUUACAUUUUUCAAAAAUAACCCCACAAAAUGGUGAAGGAACAAUCGUAUAUUGCAUUUUUAAUAAAAAGUGCCCUGUGGAACUUUUUGAAGACAAGUAAAGAUGUGUUUACAAUUGUUUUUCAAAUAUGUAUUUUGUUACCCAGUGUUAUUUAAGUACUUCGCACAUUUCCCUAGAAAUUAGUAAGGAGCUGAAUAUUUCUAGCUCACAAUUUUUUCAAAUUAAGUGCAUUUGGUUUCUUUUCUACCUUGUUUCUGUGAUGUGAAUUAUGUUCCCUUUAUGCAUUGCCAGUAUUAACAUUUGUUACAUGAAAUUUCAUUACAACAUUAUUGGUGUUUGAAAAGUAGGAAAUAUGAAAGUGAAUGAUAAUGAAUAUCAUGAUGAUUUUUGAUGGUGCUUAACUUCAUUUUCAUUUUUCUUUAUGUGAUUGACAUUGACCAUGAUAGUAUUUUUGCUUAUUAAAAUAUGUUUUAAAGGAAUUCAAACGCCACAAAUGAGCCACUAUCUCUUCAACACUUGCUAGCCAUGAAGCUGUCCUGAACACACCCUUUUUUUUCCAUUCCUGAAGAUGCCCGUGUUUUGAUUAAAACAUGUUUGGUGUGGGCUUUGUCUCAAGACUUGCUUUAUACAGUAGUUGUAUUAUUUGCAUGGUAAAUAAAAGAUUUUAGGCGGGUUUAAACAUGGCAUUUGUGAUUAUGUUUAACAUUUGAUUGCUGAUGCUUAUAUUUGCCUAUCUCUAUAUUUUAAUCUCAACGAGAAGUCAAUAGCUCAAGUUUAGAAAUGGUGAUGUUAAACAUUGUUUGAUUAUAAAAGGUUAAAUCUUUAAAGUAUGUUAUUGUUUUUAGGGAUGUUUAUUUAUUCACAUUUCUUGACAAAAAGAGUGUGAUUGAGGCGUUCCAACAUUAGGAUGUUAGAUGUAUGUAGUCUUUACAGCAGCAGAGAUUUCUUGUAUGACUUUUAUGAUUUUUCGCUGCAUGUAUGAAGAUGAAAAACCAGUAAGACUACUUUGAUGACGGAAUUCACUUGAUGCUUAACAGUAUGAUAGUGUCAUAUGUCACCUAUGCUCUCAGUUGGCCCAACCCUGAGGCUUUCUAUUGUCCUUUGUUUGGCCUCGUUUGAAAUGUCUGGUAAUGGCAAAAGUUAACUGGCAUGUUAACCUGAUAGUUCAGGCUCCACUCUUUAUGUAAAAUUCUGCUGAGUCAUUCAGCUAUGUCUUUAUCAGUUGCAAUUAAGUACACCCACACAGGGAGUCUGUGUUUGUGUAUGAAAGUGAAGUUAAAAAUGACAUUAGUUUAAGCUGCAUCAGGCUAUAGUCACAUAGAAAUCUGAUUAAAGAAAAAAAAGAAUU